GUGACGCCCGUAUUAAAAGCAGAAUACAGAAAUUUCUUCGCUCUCAUGUUUUGUGAAAAUUUAUCCAUAAAAACGUUAAAUUUAUAACGUAAAUUGUGUUAAACCUAAAGCUUAUGUGUUAUUUAUUAAAAUAAGCAUAAAUUGUUAAUAAUUUUUUAUACAACAAAGCACAAAAACACGGUAACAAAAAAAAAUCCUAAAAGGUGAAAUUUGAUUAUACAUUUUUUGCGGCACCGAUCUGAACAAAAAAUCCAACAGUUUUUUGUUGUUAUUUUUUUGGUUUUUUUGCUAAAAAAAAGUAUAAAGUGCCAAAAGUACACAUAAUAUACAAAAAAGAAUAACAAAUAAAGUAGCAGAUAAAAAGGAAUAAGAACAAACGGCAACAACUACAAUAACUGAAAAAAAGACAAGGCCCUGUUUAGAGCAUUUAAUUUAUUACGACAGUGGGUACAAUUCCUUUGUUAAAUACAACUAUAAUAAAAAAGAGACAAAAUUCAACAAAAAUUAAAAAAAAAAGAAACGUCAAAAAGAACAAAAAACAAAAGUGCAAAAUAACAGCAUUGAAAACAAAAAAUAAAAGAUUUUAUUAAAAAAUAAUAAAUUAAAAGGCUGAAAAAGGAAAAAAAAGUAAUUUAAAAUAAAAAACAACAAUAAAAUUAAUUAAAUAACAAAAAAAUUUUAAUUACAACAACCGAAAGCAAUCUUUGUGUUAAAACAACGCCUAACAUCUUCCAAUAGAAAAUUAAGGAAUAUAACAACACUAACCUUAGCACCAGCAGAAGCAGCAGCACCAAAAGCCAUCAACAACAAAGCCAUUAACAACUUUCAUCAAAAGCAACAGCACAAGUAUAAGCAGCAACAUCAACUUGGAAGAACAAACAAUUAGGACGAGUUGCGAAAAUAAAUUUUAGCAACAAAGUGAUAAGAUAAGCAACCAACCCAACUACAACAACCAACAAAAUCCCAUAAGCCUUAUUUACAACAACAACUGUAAACUUUUGAACUUUAUUCCCCCCCAACUAACAACUAAUCCAAAUAAAAUGCGUGAAUAUAAAAUUGUUGUUUUGGGCAGUGGUGGUGUAGGCAAAUCCGCUCUAACGGUACAAUUCGUACAGGGCAUCUUUGUGGAGAAAUACGAUCCCACCAUUGAGGACAGUUAUCGCAAACAGGUCGAAGUCGAUGGACAACAAUGCAUGUUAGAGAUUUUAGAUACUGCCGGCACAGAACAAUUCACCGCCAUGCGUGAUCUCUAUAUGAAAAAUGGCCAGGGUUUCGUUUUAGUCUAUUCGAUAACCGCACAAUCCACCUUCAAUGAUCUGCAGGAUUUGCGAGAGCAAAUCUUACGUGUCAAGGAUACAGAUGAUGUACCCAUGGUGUUGGUGGGCAAUAAAUGCGAUCUCGAAGAUGAGCGUGUUGUGGGCAAGGAGUUGGGUAAGAGUUUGGCAAAUCAAUUUAACUGCGCCUUUAUGGAAACCUCUGCCAAAGCUAAAGUGAAUGUUGUUGAUAUCUUUUAUGAUCUUGUUAGACAGAUUAAUAAGAAAUCACCCGAAAAGAAACAGAAAAAACCCAAGAAAAAUCUAUGUGUUCUGCUCUAAGACUCCAUACACAACAAUAAACAACCACAACAACAUACAAAAUAAAACAACCAACAAACACACACACACACACACAUACAGACACUUACAUUUAAAUAUUUAAAAUAUUGUCUAGAAAACAAAAGAAACUUUAAAAAACUUAAAAAUUAAAAAAAAAAAAUUCCACUAUUGUCGCCUUUUUUGCUACUUUUUUCUCUAUAAAUAUAUUUUUUUCAUUAAAUGGGUAAAAAAAAAUUAUUUUAAAUAAAAAAUUAAAAAAAAAAUAGAAUUUAUAUUUAAAAAUAUUCAUAAAAAAAUUUAGUUCUUAAAAUU